AUGGCGAUGCGCAUCUUCAUCAUUAGUACUAUCUUUACCAUUUUAUCGACUCUCUUUGUCUUGAUCCGACUUUGGACACGAUUCAAACUGGUGAGGAGUCCUGGAAAGGAUGAUAUAUUUAUCGUGGCCGCGUUGUUAUCUUCCUAUGCAUUUUAUGCAUUCUUACUUGGCGAACUACAUUAUGGCCUCGGAGUGCCCAGACCAGAAUUAGGAGACAAUGUUGUCAUGAAACAGAUGCGCUUUCUCUGGCUCUCUGUCCCAUUCUACAACCUCUCUCUAAUUCUCUCCAAACUUUCCGCCUUAUUCCUCUUCGUCCGCAUCUUCCGCACACGAUCCUUCCUCCUCGCUACAUACAUCACAAUGGCAUUUCUCAUCAUCGCCGGCCUCUGGAUGGUAAUCAGCGGUUUCGUCUUCUGCAUUCCAAUCUCUGACUUUUGGCACCCCGGCCCGGAAUUUACGAAACACUGCCUACCCAAAGGGCCAAUCUGGUAUUCCAACGCGGCAAUGCAGAUUCUAACCGACGUGAUUAUUCUGGUUCUCCCAAUGCCAGCACUAGCAACAUUACACCUACCACAACAACAGAAAGUGGGGAUAUUCGUCGUUUUCAGUGUGGGAAUCUUUGUAAUCGCAACAAGUGCCGUCCGUGCGUACGAAUUAAGCACAAUGGUCAACGGUCGCGAUUUCACAAAGACAAACGCCCAAGCAGCCGUCUGGUCUGCCCUUGAGGCUAAUGUCUCUAUAAUCUGCGCUUGCAUGGCACCUCUCCACCCACUCCUUUCGAAGAUCUUCUCCUUCUGCUUCCGUCCUCAACCACUCCAUUCUACACCCUGGUCAAAGACGCAAUCUAACGGUACGUGUCUCGCUGAUUCACGCAAACGGUCUAUCUACGACCAAGGCCACGGUGAUGGUGGGGUAUUCUCGAAUGAUUUCUUCUAUGCCGGUCCUGGGGGGUAUACGGCUAGUAUUUCGAAAAUAGGGGAACAUGACGAGAAGGAAGCGGGGGAGAAUGAGGAAGGGAUUCGGGUUGUUAAGGAGUUGAGGAUGGUUUCGGAUUCUGUGAUACACAGUCCGAAGAUUUUGGCUGGUGAUAUUGAGAUGGGGGAAGGAUCUGGAUCUGGAUCUGGGUCUGGGGCUGUGGGGCAUGGGACUUUGCAUCCUAGUAUUGAGUGGGAUCUGGGAGAUUUUGAGUUCCCGGAUUAUAAAGAGACCAUGAAUGCUCCUAUCUAA